AUGGUGGAAUCCAUAAAAAUAAUUCAACAGGCUUUGGAAGGAAUUCCAGGGGGGCCUUAUGAAAAUUUUGAAAUUCGCUGCUUUGAUAGAGAAAAGGAGCCAGAAUGGAAUUAUUUUGAAUAUCGAUUCAUUGGUAAAAAAUCGUCUCCUACUUUUGAAUUGCCGAAACAAGAACUUUAUGUGAGAAUUGAGGCCCCCAAGGGAGAAUUAGGAAUUUUUCUAAUAGGAGAUCAGAAUGGUUUUCCUUGGAGAUGGAAAAUUCGUCCACCCGGUUUUAUCAAUUUGCAAAUUCUUCGUCAAUUAGUUAAAAGAAUGAAAUUGGCUGAUAUUAUGACAAUACUAGUCCAAGAUAUAAACUCCUUUUCCGGAUUGGAAUCUUUCAAAGAGGUCUAUGGAAUUCUAUGGAUACUUUUACCAAUUUUGAUUCUUGUCUUGGGAAUUACAAUAAGUGUACUAGCAAUUGUAUGGUUAGAAAGAGAAAUAUCUGCAGGGCUACAACAGCGUAUUGGACCUGAAUAUGCUGGUCCUUUUGGAAUGCUUCAAGCUCUAGCAGACGGAACAAAACUACUAUUCAAAGAGAAUCUUAUUCCAUCUAGGGGAGAUAUUCAUUUAUUCAGUAUUGGACCAUCCAUAUCAGUCAUAUCCAUUCUAAUAAGUUAUUCAGUAAUUCCGUUUGGCUAUAAUUUUGUUUUAUCUGAUUUCAACAUGGGUGUUUUUUUAUGGAUUGCUAUUUCGAGUAUUGCUCCCAUUGGACUUCUUAUGUCAGGAUAUGGCUCAAAUAAUAAAUAUUCCGUUUUGGGUGGUCUACGAGCUGCUGCUCAAUCGAAGUUAUGA